AUGGUAGAGGAUGUUGUUUGGACGAAGCAGCAGCGGCGGCACAACACUGGGAGUGGCGGUAACGGCGUGGUAGAUAAUGAACGGGAUAUUGGGUAUGAGGAGAGGCACACGGACCUCCGGGCGAGGAACUGCCACAGAGACCAAUGCCCCGAGAAUCUGCUUGGUCACGACCGCGAGAACAAGACCCGGCGUCACAAUCAGGGACAUGACGAUGAUAACGAGCGUAGCUAUCCACAUCCGCGCAGUGAGCAGCGCUCUGGGUCCGACUUCGGACGGCCGACCGGCGACUUCUGGGUCAUCAACCUCCAAGACAUCAAUGACUAUUACUACAUCAGCGUGCCGAGCCCAGAGAUCCUUCAGCAUCUCAUCGAAGACCUGGACCAUACUUCGGCUUGCCCAGCAGCACAGACUGUUCUGGUGGAGGAUGUGUCGGACCUGCGCGCUCUGGGGGCCGCAAAGAGGGAGGAGAGGGCGAAGCGCAGACAGGUCCAAGAAAGACAAGACCUCACCGUCGAUACCUAG